GGCGCUGCGUGGCGCGGUGCGCCGCGGCGCGGCAGUCUCGUGCCGGUAGUCGGUAGUGCAACCGAGCGACUCCGGGAGCCGUCCCCGCCGCGCCGUCGCUCGCUCGUAGUCGUAGUGUACCGCUGGCCGCCCCGCGCCGGCCCUAGCCCAUGGAGACCCAGAACCAGGACGCGGCCCCCGGCUCCGCCGAAGUGCCCAACGACCCGGGGAAGAUGUUCGUCGGCGGCCUCAGCUGGCAGACUAGUCCAGAAAGCCUUCGAGAUUAUUUUAACAAAUUCGGCGAAAUCACGGAAGUUAUGGUUAUGAAAGACCCAACGACGAGGCGGUCGAGGGGCUUCGGGUUCAUCACAUUCACCGACCCAGCUAGCGUAGACAAAGUUUUAGCGCAAGGAACACACGAAUUAGACGGUAAAAAGAUUGAUCCAAAAGUGGCCUUUCCCAGAAGAGCACAUCCAAAGAUGGUGACCAGGACGAAGAAAAUUUUCGUUGGCGGGCUAUCAGCACCCACAACGCUGGAAGACGUAAAAAAUUAUUUUGAACAGUUUGGACCGAUUGAGGACGCCAUGUUAAUGUUCGACAAACAGACCAAUAGGCACAGAGGUUUCGGAUUCGUCACGUUUCAAAGCGAAGAUAUUGUAGAUAAAGUUUGUGAAAUCCACUUCCAUGAAAUCAACAACAAAAUGGUGGAAUGCAAAAAAGCACAACCCAAAGAAGUAAUGCUUCCAGCGAACUUGGCGAAGACGAGAGCCGCCGGUCGCGGGGCCUACGAUUUCAUGUGGUCAUUGGGUGCUCUUCCUGACGGUUUCCCCGCAGCGUACGCCGCCUACGCGGCCGGACGUAGCUAUUCGGGCUAUCCUAGCUUCGGGCUACCGUACCCCGCAGUGGACCUCACCAACGGCCAACUGACACCGAAUAACAACACACCGCUCCUCGCGCAGGCGCUCUCAGUGAUGAACAACUACCAGGCAGCGGCGGCCGGGUUCGGGCCGCCCGCGUCCCCGCACACGGGCUCCCGGGCCGGCUUCCCCGCGGCCAGCUCGCCCGGCCCGGCGCUCGACGUGUACGGUAGCGGCGACAGCGUCGGCUACGUGCAGGCCGCCAGCCCGCAGCCCUCCGGCUUCCCCGCUAUCGCCGUCAGCCGCGCACCCCUUAACUACACUCCGGGACCUCUGAUUCCUGCGGCUUUCACCAACGGUUAUCAUUGAAAGUGUUUUAGCACAAAUAUUCAACGUGGCGAGCGGCGUGGCGGCGCGUAACCAGCAGCGGCAUCGCGGCAGCCACGCGCGCGCGCCACGGCCGCUUCGGCGACGGUCUACUCCGUCCGGCCACCGCGCGGACCGAUCCGUCGACCGCGGCAGUCACCGCCCCCGCCCAGCUCGACCCCCGGACCCCCGACUCUUCCACCCCCCCGCCGCCCCUCGACCCCCUUGUCUAUUGUAAAUAACGAUAAUCUACUUUUUGUCGUGUGAACGAAAGAUAGCUAUAUUGAUUGAACAGGUAUUUUUUCAAAUUCUCGCUUCGACUGUACCGUAGAUGUGUUGUCAAUAUAAACGAUAAACUACAAAAAAAUCUCGAUAUAAUGCAUAGACGAUUUUAUCGCAGGGAGGUUUUCGAUAUUUUCGUAAUUCAUAGUUAAAUUAAUGUUAAGGACUCGCGUGUAAAUCCCUCGACGUCCGUUCUGUCCUCCGCGACGUCGAGUCCGAUAGUGUAUACGAAACGACUCGUGAUGCUAACGGAUCGCGGUGAAUUUCGGAUGACUACUGUCAGGCGCGCGGAGGUAUACGACGGCAUUAGUUUCGCAAGUCGCAACGAGCUUGCCCCUCCCUCGUGUUCCGCGUAGAGGCGCGCCCGCCGCGUACAGUCGCGCGCACAGAGUUCGGUAGCGGUACGUAGGUCGGCAGGGUCCGCCGCCGCCGCGGACCGCAGCGGCAUCCCGCAGCUGCAGCCCGCGGCCCGCUCGGCCCCGCGGCCCCCGGCGGACCGGAGACAAUAACGCGGUACGCGACCGCGCGUUCGCCGCGCGCUUUUCGCUCGUCCACCUCACAUAUUUUAUUCUAUUCUAUUUUUAAUAUUAAUGUCAAAUAUAAUUAUAAUUACUAUACUAAUACAUAUUGCGCAUAUUUUACCUAUGAAUGUAAUUCUUUUUGCCUAAUUAAAUUGUAUAAAAUCACUUCUUAUCUGCUACUUUUGUUUCCGUAGGAAAAAUUCUGAAUUACUUCCCUAUAAGACUACGUUAGAUGUGCAUAUACAUACGUUCGAAUGAUAAUAUGUAUUAUGAUAUAAAUUUUAUCCUAAGGAUAACACGAUCACGUUUACGAUUCACGAGUACCUUCGGGAAGCAUAGUCGGAACGUUUCGAGUUUCUCUCAUCGCGAUAAGAUAAUAAUUCGUUUUUAUCUUGUACCUUCGAAGUAGGUAUUGUAAUUAUACUAUAAUAAAUAAUAAUUUUGUGCAUUACGUAAUUAAUACUUCAUCGUUUCUUACGAUUGUAUUUACAUUAAAAUAAGACCACUGUUAAAAAUUCGCGGCCUCUCUCGAUCGCGGAGUUUCACCGUACUUAGUCGUAUUUAAAGUUUUAGUCGAAGUAAUAAUAAUAAUAUUGUAAACGGUUACAUUUUUCAUACAAAAAUAUCUCGUAAUCAAAUUAUUCAGACAUUUCGAUACACAAAAGACAGGGAUUUUAUGAAAUUUCAGCCAAAGCGCAGGUUCGAGGUAAUAGUAUAAUAUGAAGUCAAUUCAUUAAUCAUAUAUUCGUUAGGUACUCUCGGACACUUUUGACCACUUCGUGUAGUUUGCCGCGUGCAGCCGCGCGACCGCCCGCUGCUGUGGCCGACGGCACCGCGCCGCAUCGCGCCGCACUGCAACUGCGCCGCAGCUGCGACGCGGUCGCGCGCUACACGCGUGCACUCGGUUGCAAUCGUUCGUUAUUUACUAUUAUUAUUACUCAUUACCUACAUCAAUUAACAUUUAUAUUAUAAAUCUAGGUAUUAAAUUUUAGGUAUAAUAAUGAACAAUCUUUUAAAUGCUAUUAUUAUAUAAAUACGUUAUAAAUAUAAAUGUUUCCUGUUACAAAAAAAUAAAUAUUGAAAAUGAUACGAAAUAAAUCAAUAUUCUUUUUAAAGGUAAUUUAUUACUUAUGAGUAGUUAAUCGAAUAAAGGAGUGUCGUCGGAGCCGUUCGCUUCGCGUUUAGUUCGUGCCGAGUCAUCGUCCGCCGCGCCCGACGCGCCGCGUUGCGUCACGCGACGCCGCGCGACCGCCGCCGCACCGCCGCGCCGCAAGACGCGACCGCGAUUGUGUUGUUGAACGUUAGCUAGGAAAUUGAUAAUAAAAUCGAAAGGUGUGAAGUCCGUUGAGACGGUGGGAAUCGAUAUCAUACCUAACAAAAUAACGUAAUUAUUUGUUUUAUAUUUACGGUGUUAUAGGUAUUUAAGACAUUUUUCUUAGAAUAUUUAAUUACUACGAUAAAAUGUUAUAAUUGUUAGGCUCGGGCCGGCGCCGCCGCCGGCCAUUUCAUUGACCUUACAUCUUCACUAUAAUUAUAUUUUCUUACCGACCUUUAUAUGUAGGAGAAGCGUACACGGCCGCUUGUCCCCGUGCGAGCUCGAGUGCCGUCGAGGACGGACACUCGGACAGUCGACGCUGUCUGUACCGCUCAGUACGUCGUUCGUGAGAAGCCAUCGGUUCGCCGCCCGCGACGUCGCGCGUCGCCGCUCGCUGUACAUACGUAGUAGCGCGAGUGUAGACUAGCCGAUACCAGCUGAUCGUUGUUAUUAGACUCAUCGGAACCGCAAUCGGAUUUAGCUUCAGAUGUUCCCUUUCGUUGUUUAUAGUUUGGAUUCGACGCGUGGACUCAUUUCGUUAGUUAUUGUUUAGCGCUCCCACGCACGGGCCAUUUUAUUCGUUUAAAGUUACGCUUUUAAAGAGCUAGAUAGAAAGAUACUCGUACAUAAGUAAUUUUCGCAAUAAUUACAUUUUUAUUGCUUCAAUUAUUAUAAGUAAUUAAAUAAGGACCUAAUUUUAAAAUAGUAGUUGAUUUUUUUUAAUAAUAAGAAAUAUGAAAUUAUAAAUGAAAUUAAAAUCUGUUACGAUUAUAUUUUUAUAUUUAUCGAUUUAACCAUACAAUUAUGGCCUGUGAGUAGAGCAAUAAAUAGCGGCUCGGUGUGCAAUACUAAAUACGGGACGUGGUGCUACGUCGUAGAGGUUCACUUGUAGCGGAAUACACCGAGACUCGUAGCGCAGUCUCUCGUAGCGCGGAAAUGGAUGGCAGAUCUUCCGUAGAGUGUGAUCGCCGUAGCGUAGGUCACAGCGCGCGCGGCCGCCGGCUCGUAGCGGUGAGCCGGCCGCUCGUAGCGGUCAGCCGACUGCUCGUAGCGGUCAGCCAACUGCUCGUAGCAGUCAGCCGGCAGCUCGUAGCAAUCAGCCGGCAGCUCGUAGCGGCCGGUUCGUAGCUCGUAGCGGGCGGCCGCGCGCGCUCGUAGCAGUCGUAGCACAGAGCGCGAUCACACGCGCCACCGCUGCCGCUCCUUUCUCGCUGUUUGUUUACUAUUAGUUUUCAUUUACACGUUAGUAAUGUGUUUAUAUCAAAUAUAAGACUACGUAAUACUAAGCGAGAUCUCAAAUUUAUUUAAAAUUCGUUAUGUGAUCCUAAUAUUGCGACUUAUGGUAUCUAUGAUAUGCAUCUAUAUUUAAAAAAGUAUAUAAAAAGCAAUUUAUUAUAUUUUGUAUAAUAACAUUCUACAUUAAUUUUACACUUUAUAUCGUUAAAGAUAAUAAUUAAUUUUAAUCUAAUAAAGUGACAGACUGGUAAAGUUCGUAGAGUCGCCGUGACGGCCUUAGAUCAGUAGCUUUGCUUACUCGGCGAUGGCCAACUUAAUGUUUCAAGGACCAAAGGUAUACUUAUUCGCGUAGAACCGGACGCGCAUUGGCUCCACACGAACCGAUUCAGACGAUCGGUCGAUCAGCAGAAGACCGUGUCUGUGAGGAUUGCGUUGAGAUUCGAGGCGGGCUGAGGCGGCUACUGCUGCUCCAUGCGGCAUUCUGUUUAAAUAUCUAAAUAUUUCUUAAACUUGUAUUAGGUGUAAAUUAGUUGAAAUCCUCACAAAAUUAGACUUUAAAUUUCGACAUUUUCACAAAGUAAAAGAUGUCAAAAUUUAAACUCUCGUAAAGUUAAUUGAAAGCCCUUUAGCAUCUCGGUGACGCAACAGACAUGCUACAACACAAACAUUUGCGGAGCAAAAGUAACUGUUAUUUGUUUUGUGGAGAAACAUGUAGGCGUGUGUCUAGUUAAGUAUUGGCUGUAACAACAAGCCGGGGUCGGUCUUACAACAUCGCGUCGCGUUGUAUUCAAAUCAGCUCCCAAUGUACACAAGAUUAAAUAUCCAAAUGGAGUUUCGUACGAAUUCGCAUGUUUAAAUAUUAUUAGAUCUUUGUCAAUUCUAACGUCGCAGUGUUGAGCUUUAACGUGCAUCUUAAUCACUCAUUAGAUGACAGGCUGCCGUUCUGUUGGGAUAUUUACUCGCGUGUCGGUCAGUGGGGUUAAAAUGGUCGCUUCGGAGAAUCAUAUUAUGAAUCAUAAUAUGAUUCAUUUUUAUUAAAUCG